UCAUCACCACAUCGAGCGACAAGGGAAGAGGGAAGAUCCUCAAGAGACUGGAGGGUCAGUACGUUCAGAUGGCGUGCUCCAGGUUGGGCAGUCGGGUGCUGGAGGCCAUAUGGAACGGUGCCUCGGUCAGUCACAGGCACAACAUCGCACAGGAACUAGUGUCGAGUGAAAGCCAGCUGAGGUCAGACCAGUUCGCCCGGCAUGUGUGGGCCAAAUUUGCCCUCUCCCACUUCAUCCACAGGAGAGCUCACUGGCAGGAAAUCCAGACCGGCGAGUCCAAGAAGAGGAAGCUGUUCAGUGAAAUUCUUGAAUAAAAAAAAAAACAUGUUUUUGUAAUUUACUGUUUUUAUAAUUUGGUUUCAAAAUAUAAGAAGAAAAUGUUCCAUUAUUAAUUCCUUCAUUAUGUGCUAAUUUUCACUCCUCAAAAAGACCCCUGCAAAUAGAGUAUCCACACUUUUACACUCUGAUGUUUGGACCAACAUCACCACUAGAUGGUGCUGUUGGAACGUUUAUUCACUGAUAUUUGUUCACUCAGUGGUGCAGGGGAUCAAAUCAGUUGGGAAACAGAAGCUCAUAAAUCUCACAUUUUCACGUAAGGAAAACUGAAAAACAAACUGAAUGCCAAAAAGUGACUCCGUCUUAUUUCUUUCAAGUUUGUCACUCAUCUAAAAGUGUUUCUUCAUAGUGUUUCUUCAUAGUGUUUCUUCAGGCUUAAAAUUCUGUUGAAGAAUAAAUGUAUGCACAUUUAUACCUGAAA